AUGGCACUGGACUCAACGAGCGGGUAUGCCGCCGGAGCGCAGGACGACACGGCCCUACCCAUCUUCGACGUCCAGAAGGUCCAGCUCCGUUUCGAUAUAUCCGCCGAGUUUGUUGCAGCUCAAGUAGCGAACAACGUCCUCAUACUUGCCCUCUCGACUGGCCGCAUACUCCGCUUCGAUCUCGACAAUGCCGAAGACAUCGACGACAUCGACCUGCCGAAACGACCGGCAGAGAUUGGGGUCAUCCGGAAGCUGUUCCUCGAUCCCAGUGCAAGCCAUUUGAUCAUGAGCACUGCACUGGGAGAGAACUACUACUUGCAUACUCAGUCCCGGCAGCCCAAGGCAUUGUCGAGACUGAAGGGCGUACAGAUCGAAUGCAUUGCUUGGAAUCCUUCGCUGCCAACAGCUUCGACACGAGAGAUCUUAGUGGGAGCUGCGGAUGGCAAUAUCUACGAGACAUACAUUGAACCGAGCACGGAAUUCUACAGAAGGGAGGAGAAGUACAUCAAGAACGUUUUCAACCCUCAAGAUGGCGCCAUUACGGGGUUGUAUACGGAUGUGCUGUCUUCAAGACCAGACACUCGGCGAAUGGUGGUCACGACGCAGCACAGGCUGCUACACUUUGCUGGACGGACAAGUAGGCAGGGACACGAAGGGAGCGGGUCAAUAUAUUCCAAGCUCUUCGAAGCUGAAACGCCCAGUGUUCACGAAAUUGACAGAACGCAAGCCAGAGUCCCUUCAUCAUUAGCGAUAUCCCCAGACCCUCCGGAAGCAGCUCCCGCUCGGACAGGCGACGGCGAAGAGCCGAGGGCGUACGCAUGGCUUAAUGCGGACGGCGUUUUCAACGGCAAGCUUCACACUUCUUCUGAGCUGUCAACGCUUGGUCGCGAGAUACUCCGCGAGUCACGAAUGUUGCCUCAGACGAAACUGCCACCGGUACAGACAUCAAGUGGCCGCAACCGUGCCCAGCAGCCUCCCAUAGGCUCGAUGAUACUUACGCAGUUCCAUAUCCUAGCACUGGUGGAGGGCAAGCUGACUGCGGUCAAUCGCCUAGAUGAAAGUGUAGUGUACAGCCAGCAGAUACUAGAGCAGAACACUCCAAACUUGGGCCUGUUCUCGGAUCAUCAGAAGAACACGUACUGGCUGUUCACAUCAAACGAGAUCUUCGAGGUCGUGGUGACCGAAGAGGCUCGUGAUGUGUGGCGGAUCCUCCUACAGCAAGGCCAAUUCGAAGCAGCACAGAAGUAUGCAAAGACCUCUGAGCAGAAAGAUGCUGUUGCAUCAAGGACUGGUGACCAUUUGAUGUCCCAAGGCAAAUUCGACGAAGCCGCAACUGUAUUGGGACGAAGCACAAAGUCCUUCGAAGAUGUCGCACUCACUUUCAUCGACAACGACCAGCAAGAUGCGCUGCGGAAGUACCUCAUCACGAAGCUGUCCAAUUUGAAGCGAAGCUCUGCCAUGCAACGAACAAUGGUCGCGUGCUGGCUAAUCGAGCUGUACAUGGCGAAGCUGGACCAGCUGGACGACACUAUCUCCACCAAAGCAGAUCUUGGUACAAACGGAACUGGCAACACUGGACAGUCAAACGAACGACAGCUUGCGCAGAUCCGCAGAGAGUUUCAGGACUUCUGCAGAAAGUACAAAACAGACUUGGACAGCAAGACUGUGUAUGAGAUCAUCAGCUCUCAUGGCCGAGAGGAGGAGCUGCUACAUUUCGCCAAUGUCUCAGAAGACUACAACUAUGUUCUGUCGUACUGGGUGCAACGAGAGCGCUGGGAUGAGGCAAUGGCUGUGUUGAAGAAGCAGACCGAGCCGGAGAUGUUCUACAAGUACUGCACCGUCUUAAUGGCACACACGCCUGUCGACCUUGUCGAGGUUCUGAUGCGGCAACCAGCGUUGGAAGCGAAGAGAUUGAUACCCGCCCUGCUCAACUACAACAAGACCAUCGGGACGAGCGUGCCGCUUUCGCAGAACCAAGCCGUACGGUAUCUGCAGUUCUGCAUCAACCACAGCCAUUCCACGGAACCAGCAGUUCACAACACCCUCAUCUCACUCUGUGCCUCCAAUCCUACCAAGGACGAAUCCACCCUCCUCACCUACCUACAAACACAAUCCCAAGCCCAAGAGCAAAACUACGAUGCCGACUUCGCCCUCCGCCUCUGCAUCGCCCACCAGCGCGUCCAAUCAUGCGUCCACAUCUACACCACAAUGAAACAGUACGCCUCCGCCGUCGACCUCGCCCUCAAAUACGACGAAGUCGAGGUCGCCGCCACCGUCGCCGACAGCCGCGACAUCGACACCGCCCUCCGAAAACGCCUCUGGCUGAAAGUCGCCAAAAAGGUCAUCGGCCGCGAGAAAGGCAUCAAAUCCGCUAUCGAGUUCCUGAAGCGCUGCGAACUCCUGCGCAUCGAAGACCUCAUCCCCUUCUUCCCCGACUUUGUCAUCAUCGACGACUUCAAGGAGGAAAUCUGCGCUGCGCUGGAAGACUACAGCCGGCGUAUCGACGAGCUGAAGACGGAGAUGGAUGAAUCGGCGAGCACGGCGGAGCAUAUAAAAUCCGACAUCAAGGCUCUCGACCAGCGGUACGCUAUUGUGGAGCCAGGCGAGCGAUGCUGGAAAUGUCGACUUCCGCUGCUGAUGCGGCAGUUCUUUGUGUUUCCCUGCCAGCACGCUUUCCACGCGGAUUGCUUGGGGGAGAUGGUGAUGAGCAUGGCGGGGCUUGGGAAGGGCAAGCGGAUCCGUGAGUUGCAGAGGGAGAUUGGGAGAGGGGUGGCUUUGGGGAAGAGGAGGGAGGGGAUGGUGAGGGAACUAGAUGGGUUGGUGGCGGGAGCGUGUGUGUUGUGUAGUGAGAUGGCGGUGAAGUUGGUGGAUGAGCCGUUUGUUACCAAGGAUGAUGAUCGGGAGGCGUGGGCGAUUUGA